CACCCAAAACUUGCCGGCGCGACGGCAAUUGACUGCGAGCGAAAACACCAGAAAAGGUUUGAAACAAACGAAACAACCAUAAUCUCAAAAUCACACCAGCUCCUCAGACCCCCGCGCCCCCCAAAACCAUGACGACAGCCGCGCCACCCUCCCUCGCCCUUCCAGGCCAGCUCCUCGGCCCCAGCUCUCGAUACCGCGCCGGGCCGGGCACUCACAUCCACGAAGCGAACCUGUACUCGUCGCUGCUGGGCGCCGUCUCCAUCACGCAACCCGCAAAGCCUGCCGGGCCGACGAAGCGGCCCAACAAGAUCGUCAAGCCCGGCAUGCUGUCGAGUUCGGCGGCCGAGAACCUCCCCACGAUAUCGGUGCAGCGGCGGAGGCGGGCGGCGGCGGCGCUCCCCGAGGUCGGAGACGUGGUGCUGUGCCGCGUCACGCGCGUGUCGCACCAGCAGGCCAUUGUGGCGAUCCUGGUGGUGGGCGACGCCGUGCUCGAUGCGGAGUGGCAGGGCGUGAUCAGGGUCAGGGACGUCAGGGCGACGGAGAAGGAUAGGGUCAAGAUUGGGGAGAGUUUUAGGCCUGGUGAUAUUGUGCGGGCGCAGGUGAUCUCCCUCGGAGACCAAGCCAACUACUACCUUACGACCGCCAGCAACGAGCUUGGAGUCAUCAUGGCCAACAGCGAUGCCGGCAACCCCAUGUAUCCGGUCAGCUGGAAAGAGUACAAGGACCCGGAGACGGGACUGAGCGAGCCUAGAAAGGUGGCCAAGCCUUGAGCUUGCUUACGAGCUGAGUCGGCCAUUAGAAUCAACAGGACAUUGCUAGAUGAUCACGGAGAAAAAGAAUCUGCAGAGGGGGCUGCUCUGGGCUUGGUGGUUUUGCCAGUUUAGAAUGGACACAAGCGCAGAGUCUGCUCUCGGCGAGGGCACUUUAGAAAAUCAUAAUGUUGGAGGGCAGGUAAAAAAGUCGCCAUCACACAUGGCCCACAAAAUGAUACCCAAACUGACAAAAAGUAGUCAGAACAAAUCUAGAAUCUCUAUACGAAGACGAAAGAAGACGUGAUAUAGACAGCCGUUUAUGAAUACUGCCAGAAUGUCUGCUGGUCAACAAAUC